AUGUGGAAGAAUAUUCUUCUUUCUUUCUUUCUUUCUUUCUUUCUUUCUUUCUUUCUUUCUGUCUUUCUUUCUGUCUUUCUUUCUUUCUUUCUUUUCCACCGCCUCCUUCUUCUCCUCCUUCUCCUCCUUCCCUUCUCCUACUUCUUCAUUUCCCUUACUAUUUCUUCUUCGUUACUCCCGCUUAAUUUUUGCCUUGCUUCCAUUCUUCUCUCUUUCUUCAUUGUUUCUCUUUCUCUUUCUUUUUCCUACUUUCUUCAUCCCGUCCUGAAGUUCCCGUUUAGUCUUUCUUUUUUUUUUUUUGUUCAUUCUUUAAUUCUUUCUUACUUUCUUUUUUUUUUUAACGCUUUCAAUUACUCUCUCUGCCUUUUAUUUACUUCUCCUCAUCCUGUUCCUCUUUUUGCCCUCCCUUCCCGCCUCUUUUUUUUCCCUGCAGUAUUUAUCACUUCUUUCUUCUCUCUCUCCAUCCACUUUCUUCUUUCUGGUUUGCAUCCUUCUUGUUUACUAAACCGGUUUCUCCUGCCCCCACUCUCCCUCUCUCUCUCUCUCUCUCUCUCUCUCCCCCUCUCUCAUGUUUUUCUUUUUUUUUUAUAUCCAUCUUUUCCACUGUUUACAUCAUCAGCGAACAGCAUCAACAUAACGGUUUCAUUCCCAGGUGGUUAA